AUGCCUUCCAUCACUAAGCUCGCUGUUUUUAUUGCAGCUUUGGCUAGCAACCUCGCUCAAGCUGCCCCAGGACAGACUUCCCCCAAUCAAUCUGCUCCUGGAGCUCUAACAAUUCCACUGUUCAAUGGAUCCAACGUUGUUCAGGCCGGAGUUGAACCAUCCGCUGGCAACCAGAUACUUGAUACCUAUAGCUGCAGUGGAUCUAGUCUCUGCGGUCAUGGCCUUGGAGCCGGAGAUUGUGAUGCCGCCUACCGUGUCAUUGAUCGAAACCACCGCUAUUUCACCGGAUCUGGAGCCACGCAAACCGGUGUCUGUUAUGGAAAAUGCGGUAUCUUCGUCGAGGGAGGAAAUUGUGAUCUUAAUGGCUCUGAGAUGAUUGAUGGCUACAACGAGCUUCGUCAGCGUGGCUGCAAGAUUUGCGGUAAUAAAACAUACAAUGACGGUUGUAGGUUGACUAUCAACUAUGUCACUGGAUGCUAG